CAGAUAUUGAUCCGCACUCUCCUUCGCGAGUAGGACCGAGUGCAAGUGCCUAAAGAACGCGGGGUUAGAGUUAGACAUACAUUCGUGAGCUCCCAACGUGGUCAACGCGAUGGAGGGUGAGAAGAAAAGUGACGAUGAAAUCGGCCUCAAGCCCAAAAUGACCCUGUUGAACGGCAUCACGGUGAUCGUGGGCAGCAUCAUCGGCUCAGGGAUUUUCGUCUCACCUGCAGGAGUGCUCAUGUACACGGGAAGUGUUAACGUCUCUUUGCUGGUGUGGACGAUUUCGGGAGUUUUUUCGAUGGUCGGCGCUUACUGCUAUGCGGAGCUCGGCACCAUGAUCAGGAAAAGCGGCGCUGAUUACGCCUACAUAAUGGAAACCUUCGGUCCCUUUUUCGCAUUCAUAAGAUUAUGGAUCGAAUGCAUGAUAGUGAGGCCUUGUUCACAAGCAAUAGUAGCUUUAACCUUCAGCGUGUACGUGAUGAAACCGUUCUUUCCCGAGUGCCAACCACCUGAGGAUGCGGCAAGGUUGCUGGCAGUCUGCUGCAUCUGUGUUUUGACAUUUGUUAAUUGUUACGAUGUCAAAUGGGCGACGAGAGUCCAAGAUGUGUUCACUUAUGCCAAACUGGUGGCAUUGUUCAUCAUCAUCGCAGCGGGAGGAUAUCAGCUACUUAAUGGGCACACGGAGCACUUUUCAUUCAUCAACACAAAGACCGAAGUUACGUCACUGGCAUUAUCAUUCUAUUCUGGCCUGUUCGCCUACAAUGGCUGGAAUUACCUAAAUUUUAUAAUUGAAGAGCUGAAGGAUCCUGUCAGGAAUCUUCCACUAGCCAUCGGGAUUUCCUGCUCGUUAGUAACGGUAGUUUAUGUUCUAACGAAUGUAGCUUUUUAUACAACGUUGUCUCCUGCUGAACUUCUGGGAUCUGAAGCUGUUGCAGUGUCGUUUGCUAAUCGGCUUUUCGGGCCUCUGGCAUGGACUAUUCCGGUCUUUGUGGCUUUGUCAACUUUUGGCGCAGUCAAUGGGAUACUGUUGACUUCGUCGAGACUGUUUUAUGCGGGAGCUUGUCAAGGACAGAUGCCGGAAAUUUUGACCAUGAUCCAAUCGUCGAGAAUGACGCCAACACCAUCCGUCUUGGCCAUGGCGCUACUCUCGAUGCUCUAUCUCACCGUCUCCGACAUCUUCGCCUUGAUCAAUUACGUUGGAUUUGCAACAUGGCUGAGCAUCGGUGUCGCUGUGCUCUGCGUCCCAUGGCUUCGAUGGACUCAACCCAAUCUGGAACGACCCAUCAAAGUCAACUUAAUCUGGCCAGUGAUUUACUUACUAUGCACCAUAUUUGUAACUGCCGUACCCAUGGUGGCCAGUCCUGUCGAAACCGGGAUUGGAUUGCUGAUGAUUUUAACAUCGAUACCAGUUUAUUUGAUAUUUAUAUACUGGGAGAACAAGCCGCAAUGGUUCGUUAAGGCCACAAACAAAAUAACUGUCACAUUGCAACAAGUGUUAAUCGUUGUUGGCAAAUCGAAAGCUGCUGAUUUGUAGGUGAGGGAUCUGGUUGGAGCGGUUGUUAAAUGAACUGAGACCAAAGAUGAUUAAUGCCUACAUCGACAAUAAAUGUUUGUAUGCAUGUAAAAUAAAGAAUGUUAGUAAUAAGGCGA